AUGCAGACUGCUUCUACAAACAUUUGUGAAAGACUGUGCAAUAAGUCCAUCCAUGAAAUUUCCUUUCUACUAAAUAUUCCACAAUCAACUGUUAGUGGUAUUAUAACAAAGUGGAAGCAACUGGGAACAACAGCAACUCAGCCACGAAUUGGUAGGCCACGUAAAUGACAGAGCGGGGUCAGCGUAUGCUGAAGCACACAGUGCACGGAGGUCGCCAACUGUCUACAGAGUCAAUAGCUAAAGACCUCCAAACUUCAUGUGGCCUUAAGAUUAGCACAACAGUGUGUAGAGAGCUUCCUGGAAUGGGUUUCCAUGGAUGAGCAGCUGCAUCCAAGCCUUACAUCACCAAGUGCAAUGCAAAGCGUCAUAAGCAGUGGUGUAAAGCACACCGCCACUGAACUCUAG